UUUAUAUUUCACGGUGAGGGCACUCUAGAAAGGAAUGUGCUGUCAUUAUAUUUCAUAAAAUUAGGAGGAUUUACUUCAAAGUUUAAGGAGAUUCAGACGUCAGUGUAUCCGUUGGGAUUGUGUAGGGUUUUUCAGAGUCAGUCUGCAUUCAGCCCACCUCAAACCCGGUCAACUGUGAUUGCCAAAACCCAGGAUCAUUGUUCCUCUGUCCAAUUUAAUUCAUUGUUACAAGUAGUUUAAAACUGUUACACCACAAAUGAAGUCACAGGACGAGUUAGCCUCCACUAGAUCAUGGGAACCAGGAAUGUACGUUACGAGAAAAGGAAUAUUCGACCUUAAACUUUAAGGACCUUAAAGUAUUUUGCUCUUCUUCAAACUGACAUCAUGACGUCGGAUAAUGAAACGUCAUACAGCCAGCUGACCUUGGCGGAUCACGGAGCCACGUCCAUGACAGAACUCUACAUAGAAGGAGUGAUUCUACUGAUUAUAUGUCUAGUGGCUCUCGUCGGAAAUAUUUCAGUUUAUCUCAUUGUUCUAAGAUCAAAAAAAUUAAGAACGAUUACAAAUUUCUUCAUUCUUGGAUUAGCAGCAGCGGACAUUUUAGUUUCUAUUGGAAACAUGCCCGUGACCGUGGCAACCCUAUUUGAAGGGAACUGGCCCCUUGACCAUACAUCAUGUAUUGUGUUUGGAUUUAUUAACAUGCUGACUCUAUGCUCCAGUGUCCUUUCCUUGUGUAACAUCAGCAUAAAUCGCUAUGUUAUGAUUUGCCGUCCAUUCCAUUCCAAAGUUAUAUAUACCAGAAGAAACGCUGUUCUUAUGGUCAUAGGAGUUUAUUCGUUAGCUUUCGUGAUAUCAUUACCUCCCCUGUUUGGUUGGGCGGCUUACGCAUACAUUCCGGUACAAUCCUUCUGCUUCUGCGACUGGACAUUGGCGCCAUCCUACGCCAUCUUUAUGAUCAGCUGCUGCUUUGGAGGACCAUUUACUGUUAUGACAGUGUGCAAUAUUCUAAUAUUUUGCAGUGCUAAGAAAUCCAAUAGAAACACUAAAUAUUUCACCACUACGAAAAGCAAGAAAAAAGACGCACAGGCCAGAGAACUCCGCCUAGCGAGCAUUUUGCUUGUGGUCGUCAUCGUUUUCGUCAUUUGUUGGUGCCCGUACUGUAUAAGUAUGUUAUUGUCUAUAUACGCCCCUGGAUUUGCUCCUAGAGGAUUUCACAUGUUCACCAUUCUUGUGGGAUAUGCCAAUAGCGGUGCCAAUCCAAUUAUUUACGGAGUUAUGAAUCGCGCCUUUAGGAACGGAUUCAAACAGUUGUAUUGUGGAUGGAUGGGUGUGCAAAUAGAAGAAUCCACGGGAAUAGCGAGUAAUUCCGACGAACCUUCCGGAAUUCCCCGAAAUCCAACGAGUGACUCAAAACUCUCGGCGGGAGAAGAACUGGUGAUCAAAAAUUAAUCUUUAUUUAUACAUGUAUUAAUGAUAUACAUCUAUGUACGAUAAGAUAUUGACUCUAACUGUAACACAGGAACUUGAAGUGAGUGUCAUUAUUUGAAUAGUCUGUUGUACUCUUGAUUCAGUCCUGGUGUAAAGAAGAGUUUGUCAAGGAACUGAAAACUGUCAAUCAAAAGAAUUUAAAUAUGUGCAUUUAUUUAUCUCUUAUGCCAAGUGUUUUCGUUUAAACUCGUGUGAUAACUACAUGGUUGUAAAGUAUAUACAGUCAAUUCUCGAAUUAUCGCCAUUCGAUUCAUCGCCAUUUUCGCUAUACCGCCAUGAUUUCCCAAGAACGUUUUUCCUGCUAUAUAAAAUUCUCUUUAUAAUGCCAAAUUCGCAUACCGCCAUCCGCCACCCUGUUUUCAAAACAAACGUCCAUUUUUAAGUGUAAAUUAUCUCGAUAUACCGCCACAGGUGCGUGUGGUCAGUGAAGCGCGGUUAACUAGUUGACACUAUCCCUGUUGUAGAGCAUGCUAAGGCAGACAAGGUACAUGCAAUUAAGUAAUUAAACAAGAACUAAAUAAACAAGAAUUUUAACAAGAACUGUUAUAAUAAUUUUGUUUUCUGUUUAAUAAAAUUCAUUUAGUCACGGCUUUGCCACGAAAGCGGUCGUUGUUAAAGUACGC